UUCAACAUUUUCAUCAUCAGAACACAGUGGAUUCAUAAACAGUUGUUGUAGAACACUCCUAUCAAUUAGAUUUUCACUUUGUGAAAUCGGUUGUCAUAUUCGCUGUUAGCAAAAAAAGUAUUGAGCGUGGUGUCUGAAUUACUUUUAAAAGGGCACUACAUAGUUUACUAUAUAGUUUUUAGUAGUUAGGGAUUAGGGAGGGAAUUCGGACACAGCCUAAAGUUUUUUUUACUUUGGCUAAAAAUGGCAUGAUUGUAAUUAAGGGACUUCUAAGAACGUUUUUGAACCAAUAAACAAAUGAUCGGUGUCAAAAUGUAAAAGAAAGUUAAUAAAAUAAAAAUAGAGGAGAACCUCGAUUAGUUUAUUAAAAUGUUCAUUUAUUUGAUGCGUUACAAACAUAUCAGAUUGGGACUCAUUUUAGGGAGAUACUCAAAAUCAAAUGAAUCAAACAAACUGGUGCCCAACACAAAUCUAACUGGGACUUUCCUACUAAAUAAAAGUUGUAACAAAUUUAUAAAGGUAAACCCAUGUUGAUUAUGCAUUUACUCUAUUGUUUUCUGUAGGAUGGAAAUGUAUAUUUUAAAGCAUAACAGGUUUUAGGAAAAUAAAUAAUGAUUUUAAAAUUGUUUGACAACAAAACAUUCUUUUUAUCUUGAUAUAUUAUUAUCCUGCAGCCUCCUGUACAUUUCUCAGAACCUUGGUGGUUCGGAUGUAUUUCUUCUAUCAGCCCGCGGCACGCAUCGGUCGGGGCUGCGCUGCUCACCACAGAUAGCGAGCAACGCCAAAACAGCAAAGAUUUGGCACAAUGGCUGAGCACCCACAGCCGUGCACAGGUUCAGCAGUCUCCCACAUCUCCAGCAGCAGUAACCCUCCCUGCAGCCCGGAGCCCGGAGGCCCUCCCAAAUGCAAUGGUCUUCCAGAGAGGAGGACUCUGCUGCGCGUGUCUGAAUCCCAUGGACUGCAGCUCCUGUGCUUGCUUCAGUCCUUCAGGGAGCAGGGUUUGCUGUUUGACUUCACCAUCAAAGUCCAGGACCACAGCUUCCCGUGCCACCGCUGCGUUCUUGCAGCAUGCAGUGAUUUCUUUAGGGCCAUGUUUGAGGUGGACAUGCGGGAGCGAGGUGAUGGUUCAGUUACUUUGGGGAACCAGUGUUCUGCAGCAGUAAGUUCCUUCCUGGACUUUGCCUAUUCUGGAGAGGCCCUCAUUACCGAUGGAAACAUCGACAUGCUGUUUCAGAUUGCUUCGUUUCUGCAGGUGCCCCUCCUGUCCAGAGCCUGUAGUGACUUCCUGAUAGGAACCUUGGAUCUGGACAAUUGUCUGUCCAUCUUGUCCCUGGCUGAGGUGUACGGCUCCGCCUCUCUCCAUCAUAGUGCCAAAAACUUUGUGAUUAAAAAUUUUUCAGAUCUUUCUGAAACCCAGAACUUCUUGGAUAUGCAGGUAGAUGACUUGGAAACCUGUUUGAGGUCAGAUGCUCUGAAUAUUUCCAGUGAGGAGGCAGUCGUGGCGUCAUUUCUGAAGUGGGUUCGCCAUGAUUUGCAGGGAAGAAGGAAGCUUCUGCCACGUCUGUUGUCUCUAACCCGGCUGCAUCACCUCCCCACAUCUGCACUGAAGAGUCUUCAGGAUUCAGAGCCUCUCAUUUCCAAAGAGGAGGCCUGCCUUAAACUGUUGAUGGAGGCCCAGGUCCAAGAGGCUCAGUACAGUGGACUGCUCACAGAUGCCAGACCAGCCACCACUCAGAGCUACAUCUACAUCCACAAAACGGAGGACAAUGGAGGAGUCCGCCACACCUUUUGCUACUGUCUAGAAACUGACCAAUGGAAAGAGCUGAGCACAGACAAUGGAGAGGGAAGAGCUCUGCUGCCAGACCCACCGGGGUCUUUUCUCACUGGCUAUGCUGAGAAGAUGUUUGUGACUGGUGGUUGCCGAGGGAGCUGUUGCCGAGCGAUCCGCCUCCACGUGGCUGAACCACAGCAUGAUGCUACUGAUGAGGUUUGGUGUUUCUGCCCUGCUACCUUAACCUGCACUCCUGCGCCCUCCAUGCUGAGGCCCAGAACCAUGCACACAGCUGUCACCUGCCUGGAUCGAAUCUAUGUCAUCGGGGGACGGACAGGGGGAUCCAGAAGGGAGGCCCCCGCUCUACUGGAGGUGGAGUAUUAUAACCCUCUUACGCGGAUGUGGAGCUCUGUCAGCUCCCUCCCCAGUGCCAUCUUUUAUCCAGAGGCCAGUACUUGUGGAAGUGUUAUCUACACUCUGGGUUCAGAAGUAGAGAUCACAGAUUCCUUCAACCCCUCACUCGACUGCUUCUUCUGCUACGAUGCGGAACAAGACCAGUGGAGCCGCCUGGUGGCAGAGUUUGGCCAGUUUUUCCACGCCACUCUGGUCAAGGCUGUGUCAAUUAAUGACACACUGCACCUCUGUGACCUGUCCACCUAUAAAGUUUACAGCUUCUGCCCGGAAACCUGCGUGUGGAAGGGCCAGGGCUCAUUUGAAUGUGCUGGGUUCAAUGCUGGAGCUGUGGGUAUAGCAGACAGAAUCUACAUCCUGGGGGGAGACUACUCACCUGAUGAGAUCACAGAUGAAGUUCAGGUGUAUCACAGUGGGAGAAGUCAAUGGGAGGAAGUGGCACCUAUGCCCCGAGGGCUCACAGAGUUCCACUGUCAGCUCAUCAGCUUCAACAGAUAUAGAGACCCAUGGGGGGACGGCCACUGACUGUUAAGAAGAAACUGGAGCAAGUGUGA